CCUUCAUCACCACCACCAAUGAAUACACACACACUCAUAUUUUCAUUGAACCUGUUCAACUAUUGUCUAUUUAGGAAGUUAACAUCGUUAUUUCAUUGAUAUUUUUUCAUUUAUAUUAUUAUUACCCAAUAACAUAAUAGUUCUGAGCUGGAUGUGCCCGAAUUUUCUUCUUUAAAAGAAUUUAAUUAGGCUUUUGUUGGAUAAGUAUGGUGAUAAUUGUAAUCACAAGAAAUCAAGUUUUAAAUUUUAUACAUAGGCCCGCCACCUAAUUGACAGGCACCAAAAUCUUGUAUUAUAUUAAGAACUGUGUCUUUAUAAAUCAUUAAUUUCGCUUGUUCUGGUUGCCAGCUACACUGUUUUUUAGCUCAAAACUAUAAGACUUUUUUUUAUUUUAUUGUUCUUUGUGAAUUGUUUUUCUGUGUAUCCUUGCAAGUAAGAAGCAAUACAAUUUGUUGUUUCUCCUUAGUUUUAGUUCUUCGCUUUUGUCUAAGGUAAUCCAAUUUGGAGGUAGCAAGCUAGCUCUGAUUCUGAUGUGGAUGAUUCCAUUACAAAGACCUGGUUGUUUCUUGAGAACUUCAUGCUAUGGAAUUAGAAAUCAUCACAAAUUUCGGAGGAUUUAUUCUGCUUCUUGGACAAUGACACUGAAUUCUAAAUCAUUUCUGACGAGUACGAAAGAAGAACUUUCAAUACAACCUCGCAAACUUUCUGCGACUCCAUUAGAAACAAUAACUACAUCCAAUCUUAGAUUUGACCGGCUCCAGCCAUCAGAUGAAGAGUUCAUUCAAGAAAAUAGAUUUGAGUUCGGGAAUUUUGUGGCACGUGAGCCUCUAAUUGAUGAAGAAUUUUGGACAGCAGCUUGGCUUCGAGCAGAAACUCACUGGGAGGAUCAGAAUAAUGACCGAUAUGCCGAUAACUACAAAAGACAAUUUGCAGAGCAGGAGUUUAACGCGUUAAAAAGGCGAAGCAAAGUGAAACUUGGGCAGAAAUGCAGCUGCAUUGUGGCGGUGAAGAAGGAAGAGACGAAUGUGAAACGUACCGUACUUAAGAGUGUAGUUGGAACCCUAGAUUUGAGCAUUCGAUGCUUGUUGUAUGGAGAGACCUUUCCCGGGGAAAUGGUGAAAACUCACCUCUUCUGCUGCAUCAGCAGAAAGGACUCGAACAAAUAUGGUUACAUAGCAAACUUAUGUGUUGCCAAGUCAGCACGUCGCCAGGGUAUUGCCAGAAACAUGUUGCAUUUUGCUAUUGAAUCAGCCAACUCUAAUGGUGCAGAAGAGGUAUUUGUGCAUGUGCAUAGAAAUAACAGUCCUGCACAGGACCUGUACCAAAAAAUUGGAUUCGAGGUGGUUGAUAUGGCAAGCCCUCAAUUGCAAAAUGAACGAACCUACUUGCUCCGGUUCAAAACAUAGAACUUAUUCAAAACGAAUUUUCUCCUGUUGUUUGUAUGGAAAAAGAAAUCAAUGCUAUACGCAGACCAUAAUGGAUCACCUUGAAAUUGGGAGGGUGUAGGUCUCAACAAGCA